ACUCCGCAUGCGCGGUAGGGAAUGGUUACAAAAUAUAGAACGUUAGUGAAUUUGAUGAAAAUUGACAUAAGAUUUUUUUUACGUUAACGAUGUGUUGGACUUUUGAACUAUGUUAAUAUGGAUUUGAGGAAAGGUAACUCCUUUAGAAAUGGCCUGCUUUAUGCUGGUUUCAAUCAAGAUCAAGGUUGUUUUGCCUGCGGAAUGGAAAAUGGUUUUCGCAUAUACAAUUGCGAUCCGUUAAAGGAGAAAGAGCGUCAAGAUUUUACUGAUGGAGGUAUUGCUUAUGUGGAAAUGCUGUUUCGAUGCAAUUAUGUUGCGCUUGUUGGAGGAGGAAAAAAUCCAAAAUACUCUCCAAAUAAGGUUCUUAUUUGGGACGCUAAAAAGUCAAUUGUCAUUCAACUGGAGUUUUCUAGUGAUGUACGAGCCGUGAAAUUACGCAGGGAUAGGAUUGUUGUGGUUCUUGAUACAAUUAUUAAAGUUUUCACGUUCACACAAAAUCCUCAACAACUUCAUGUAUUUGAAACAUCACCAAAUGUGAAAGGUUUAUGUGUGUUGUGUCCCAGCAGUAAUAAUUCACUGCUAGCAUUUCCUGCCAGACGAACUGGACAUGUCCAGAUUGUUGAUCUUGCUAACACAGAGCGAGCACCUCUCGACAUAAAUGCUCAUGAAGGAACACUAGCAUGUAUUUGUCUGAAUCUUCAGGGUACAAGACUGGCUUCCGCUUCAGAAACGGGAACGCUUAUACGUAUUUUUGACAUGAGCAAUGGUGAUUUACUAAAUGAAUUGAGACGAGGAUCUGGUAAUGCAAACAUUUUUAGCAUAAAUUUCAACAAUGAUUCGUCGUUGUUGUGCGUGUCAAGCAAUCAUUGGACUGUUCAUAUAUUUGAAGUAGAAGACACAAAGAAAUCUAAGCAGUCAAGUUUUCGUCCUCUGAAAUAUUUCAAUUCAACUUGGAGUUUCUCGAAGUUUCGCGUUCCGGAGGGUGCACCAUCUAUAUGCGCAUUUGGUAACGAUAAGAACACGGUUAUUGCCGUUUGUGCUGAUGGCAGUUACUACAAGUUUGCAUUUAAUGCGAAAGGCGAAUGUACGAGAGACGCUUAUGCACAGUUUCUACAGAUGACUGAUGGGGAUUGACGGGGAUAUUAAUGAUGAUACCUGGUGGUUCGUCACGUAGCUCCUAUUAUCUAUUGGUCCGUAAGUUUUUUAAAGUAGAUAUCCGUUGGUGUAAGAUAUAAAUUCUGUUCAGACAGUAUAUUUGGUUGGACGUUAUCUGCAAAAAACUUGUAAUUUUUGCUUCUUAUAUUGAGAUACGUGUUUGUUAUGUAAUGAGAUCUACGACAUCCCGAUAGGUUUGUUGCCUCUUCGAAUAUCAGUAAAUGAAAUUUAAUAGAAAUUCAAUUAUUUUUAAUUUGCAA